CCCGCGGAGCUCAUGGGUAGGCGUGAUCCAGGCAGGCUGACGUCACGCGGGCUCUGCUUCUUUAAUUCAAAGCCAUGUUAAUCCUGUUGCUCUGGAGAGCUUGUCAGCUUAGGCUGGAUCAAAGACAGAGAGAGAGAAAGCGAGAGAAAAGGGAGGACUGGUGGUCUCGAGCGCCGGAGGGAAGUUUGUUUCUUGUUAUUUGGUUCAGAAGUCCGCUCUACUGCUGCCGUCGUCUGGAUCUGCAGCUCGCCGAGCUCACCCCGCCACAUAAGCCGGCCACCAACUCAGCAGCCCGCCUCACCACACCUACCCGGUGCCAUCCUGGAGGCGGGGUGCCAUCCUGCAGGGUCUGGGCACAAUGAGAGCUGUGGGGACUGUGCCCGGCUGCCCGAGACACCCCAGGUUUCGCUGCCCCCCGACGAUGCCAGCGAGAGAGUGAUGGAAGUGGUCUGCCCGCAAGAUUCUGCCCUCGGGGAAGCUACACCGCAGAGGAAAGAGAACAGGCUGCCAUUCCAGAUCUUCCCAGACCCCGUGGAGACAGCCCUGGGGCCGGGGGGCUGGGGCGGCGAGGCUGGCCACCCCAGGCAGAAGGAGCGCCUGCCCUCCAUCGUGGUGGAGCCCACGGAGGUGAGCGAGGUGGAGAGUGGCGAGCUGCGCUGGCCCCCCGACGACCUGGGCUCCUUCGAGGACGACGAGGACCUCUUCCUGGAGCAGUGCAUCCCCCCAGCCAACAUCGCCGACUGGGGCGAAGAUGAGGGAGGCGAGGAGGAGGAGGAGGCGGCGCGGGGCGAAAGCGGGUGCUGAUCGAAGGACGGUCUCCUCGCAGAUUUACGAAAGUACAGGAUUUCGAAGAAGACACCCUCUCCUUUCAGUGAGAGAAAGAGUCUACUCCAAAAUCACAAGCACCAUAGGACAGACACCCAGGCUGAUCUGCACCUUCUGAUGUUACGGUGUCUACUCAUUUUUUUAAGUUCAACAUAACUGUUACAUAUAGUAUUAGGAUGGACAUAUCCUUAAAUUGAGAAUUUCCCAUUUUCAAAGAGAACAUUGAGAGAACUCUAGUAUGUCUGCCUUUUGCAGUUCCUUUCAGCAAUAAUUCUCCAAUUUAGGGCUCCGAAAAUCUGAUCCUGAACACCCCUUCUCAGAAACAGUGGGAAUCUAGGAUGGCUCAAGUACAAUGUCACAUUCUCUGAACCACAUGGAGCCAGGGCAGUUCACAUUCAGAUACUCUUCAUAGUGUUGUGUAACGGCUGCACAGAUAGGGCCGACAACAGUGUGUUUCUGCAUGUUAUAUAGCAUCCUACAAUAGCUCUGCAGCUAGGGCAGUUUGCACAGUAUUGGUCUCUGUGCUUAAUAUUCUCUGAUACUUGCAGUGCUCGGUUAACCUGCAGUGUUGUGCUAAGUAAGAUAUCCUCUGUAAUACAGUAUAUAUGCACUGUUUCUAUGGAAGCACUAUUCAGUGUGAAGUAUCCUCCACUACUUGCAUAACUAUGGCAAUCUGCUCUGCACUGUGUUAGUCUAAUGUUCUCUAACACAUCAUAUCAGAGAUAUGUUUUUCUCUGAUACCUGCUCUGCUAAGAUAAUAGGGCACUGUAAGGCCAUCAAUGUAAGGCAUUAUGAUAAAUGUGUAGUUAAGGCACAAAGUAAUUAUGUAAGAUGUUCUCUGAUAUCAGUACAACUAGCUAAGGCAGUCUAGAAUAUAUUUAUAUGCAGGGUAUUCUCUGUUACAGUGCUAAUGCAAUCUGCGCUGUGUUUCUGUGCACAGUAUUGAUGGCACCAGUGCAGUCAGGGCAAUCUGAGAGGUUCUUGUGUUAUUGAGGCUGCCUAGUGCAGCUAGUCCAUUAAUCUCUUGUCGUACUGGGGGCUAUAAAAGAAUAGAUUGAGGGGGGCAAGACACUGACAGCGAUUGUCACUUAGCUGUCAGCCCUGGACUCAGUCACCGCUGCUGUAGAGAAACAGCGCACUUCAGAGCUCAGGGGUCAGAGGUCUCUGCAAGAAGGCUGCUUUCCCUGACCUCACUGCAGCUCCUGCUUGCAUGCCACUGCUGGUGAGGCCAGGUGGAGGCUGCUAGAGUUGAGCCUCAUCCUCUAAUCUGUAAGAGAAACAUGCAGACCGGUUUUGUGAAUGUGCUGUGUGUUUCAAAUACCAUCAAUAAAAGAGUAAUUUGGAAAAUACAAAGUGCAAUACAUAUGAAAAUGUAAGUAGACAUUAAGAUAGUAUUGUGUAGAUUUUAAUAUGAUUUAAAUUAAUUUUAACAUAAAUGUAUUUAAAAAAAGCCACUGGCCAAAAUAUUAGGGAUCCCUCCACUGCAAUGAUCUCCUGGGCUUUUUGCUGUUUCCAUCAGACUCAGACCAGCAUGUAUUCCACAGGGGGCAGCAUAACAUGUAAGGCACUAAACACUUGUGACUUACCCAGCCCAAAAAAAGGCACAUGAAGUGGGAUUGCUUGUUUUUGCGCUAAUUACUAUGCCAUGCUUGUUUUAUAAUUUAA